UGCCCCGCGGAUUUUGAGACUCUUUGAUUUAAGGGCACCUUUUUGUACUAAGUGCUUGUUAGAGCUCUUCCACAAAACAAAGAGAUAGUCUGAGUUAUGGAACCAAGUACUCUAGCUUCCAUGUCUUCUGAGAGAGUGAGAAGAUUUCAAUGGGACGAUGAGGAAGAAAGUAUCUCCAUCCUCAUCCCUGAGGUCAUUGAUCCUGCGUAUGGCAUGUAUGUCUGGCCAUGUGCUCCUGUACUUGCUCAGUAUGUGUGGUAUCGAAGAGAAUGGAUUCGAGACAAGCAUGUUUUGGAGCUUGGAGCUGGCACUAGCCUACCAGGUGUGAUGGCAGCCAAGUGCGGUACUAGGGUCACCCUGAGUGAUGACUGCCGACAGCCAAGAAGCAUUGAGAACUGCAAGAGGAGCUGCCUGGCCAAUCAUCUGGAGGGUGUCGGUGUGAUUGGUCUAACUUGGGGGCGUGUCUCUCCAGCCAUGGCGACACUCUCGCUUGUUGAUGUGGUGUUAGCUUCAGACUGCUUUUACGAUUCUAAAGAUUUUGAAGAUGUGUUGGUCACAUUUCGGUACUUCAUUGACAAGAAUCCAGACUGCCAAUGUUGGGUAACCUACCAGGAGAGAAGCUCAGAUAGGAGUCUGGAGGCCCUGCUUCUGAAGUGGAAUCUUUCCUGCAAACACAUCCGUCUCUCGUCGUUUGGAGCGGAGUCACCGACUCUGGCUGGCUCUACGUUGCCAGGCAACCACAAGAUUCAGAUGAUGGUUAUCACCAAUGGAUGAGGUA